UAUCUGUUCAAAUAUUAUCCCAAAAAAUAAUGUCAAAUUCCAAUAUUUUUAAACCAUUUUCAUCCCAAAAUUUCAAAUAUAUAUAUACCCGUAACUCAAUGCCUUAAAUUGAAUCACAUUCUGAUCUUUCCCUUUAUCAUUUUCCACAUUCCCUUUACAAUUAUAAUAAUUUCCUCUACUAUUACACCUACAUUGGAUUUGGAAUAUAUAUAUCUAUAUAUAUACACAAUGAUGGGCAUUGGGUUUGAAAAAUGGUCGGUUUUGUUUUUGGUAGCGAUGGCCCUAUCAACGGUGGCGAUUAAGGCGCAGCCUCAAGUGCCGUGCUACUUCAUAUUCGGCGACUCAUUAGUGGACAAUGGCAAUAACAACAACAUUCAAUCCUUGGCUCGAGCCAAUUACUUGCCUUAUGGCAUCGAUUUUGAGGAUGGGCCCACCGGUAGAUUUUCCAACGGCAAGACUACAGUCGAUGUAAUUGCUGAGCUUUUAGGCUUCGACGAUUACAUUCCUCCGUACUCAAGCGCGAGCGGGCAACAAAUACUCCGGGGAGUAAAUUACGCGUCGGCGGCCGCCGGAAUCCGACAAGAAACCGGACAACAACUUGCUUUGUACAACUAUGGGGCUAGGAAGUUUGUGUUGAUAGGAGUGGGCCAAAUUGGGUGCAGCCCAAAUGCUCUGGCCCAAAACAGUCAGGACGGGUCAACUUGCGUGCAGAGAAUCAACAGUGCAAAUCAGAUAUUCAACCGGAAAUUGAGAGGAUUAGUUGACCAGUUCAACGGCAACUCUCGGGACGCCAGAUUCAUCUACAUCGACGCGUAUGGAAUUUUCCAGGACUUGAUUGACAGUCCCUCAUCUUUUGGGUUUAGGGUCACAAAUGCUGGAUGCUGUGGAGUUGGGAGGAACAAUGGACAAAUAACAUGUCUUCCAUUUCAAACUCCAUGCCAAAAUAGAGAUGAAUAUUUGUUUUGGGAUGCUUUUCACCCAGGUGAGGCUGCAAAUAUUAUCGUUGGCCGAAGAUCGUACAGUGCUCAGAAGUCCUCGGAUGCUUAUCCAUUUGAUAUUCGCCCCCUAUCAACAGUGGCGAUUAAGGCGCAGCCUCAAGUGCCGUGCUACUUCAUAUUCGGCGACUCAUUAGUGGCCAAUGGCAAUAACAACAAUGUUCAAUCCUUGGCUCGAGCCAAUUACUUGCCUUAUGGCAUCGAUUUUCCUGAUGGGCCCACCGGUAGAUUUUUCAACGGCAAGACUACAUUCGAUGUAAUUGAUAACUCGACUAGUUUAAUCAAGCUCGUGAAAGCUCAAUUCCCGUAUGAACUUGACUCAACGCGUGUUCAAGCUACAGCUGAGAUUGAGCUUUUAGGUUUCGACGAUUACAUUCCGCCGUACUCAAGCGCGCGCGGGCAACAAAUACUCCGGGGAGUAAAUUACGCAUCGGCGGCCGCCGAAAUCCGACAAGCAACCGGAGUACAAGUUGGCGACGUCAUCAGCCUCGACGAGCAGCUGGCCAACCACGAAGCAACGGUUUCCCGCGUCGCCGGCUUGCUCGGCGGCAUGGCCGCGGCCAAACGGCGGCUGAGCAAGUGCAUAUAUUUGGUGGGAAUGGGCAACAACGACUACCUCGCAUACUAUUUGCCGCAAUUCCACACUAAAACGGCGCCGUAUGACCCCCACCAGUUCGCCGCCCUUCUCCUCCACCGCUACUCCACCCAGCUCCGAAGGCUGUACGAUAAUGGGGCGAGGAGGAUAGCGGUGUCGGCGAUCGGAAAAUUAGGUUGCCUGCCGCAGGUGAUCGCCACCUACGGCGCCUCCGACGACCGCUCGCUCUGCGUCGAGACCAGCAACGACGUCGUCCAUAUUUUCAACGAAUUUCUAGGGCUUCUGAUCAGAGACCUCAACAAUCAGCUUCCCGGAGCGAAAUUCGUGAUCGCCGGAGAUAGCUCCAGCACCUCUUCAUACGGGAAUAUCACGGAUUUGAUCAAUCCGUGCUGCCAGGUGUCGAGCGACGUGUCGUCGGCCGGGCAGUGUCUGCCGGAGAUUGCGCCGUGCGGUGACCGGGAAAGGUACAUGUUUUGGGAUGGGUUUCACCCGACGGAGGCGGGUAAUUUGGUAUCUGCCAAAAUUGCGUACCAGAACAUGGAGCCCUUGUAUGCUCUUAAUGAUAAUAACAAUAAUGGUGUGGGUGUUUUGUAAUUUUCUAAUUUUUCUUUUCCCGUACUUUUGGUGGUGACGUGGUUUUUCACGGGGCCAAUAAAUUUGUUCUGCUGUGUUGAUUUGAAAUCAAAUUAUUGAAUUUGGACGGAAUUGUGUGUCUCGUUGUAGUCAUGUAUUUUUCCGUUGACUACAAAAUAAUGACUUUGACUUUUCAGAAUUUUCAACGGAUUGACUUAG